GUGAGAUUCCCAUCCUACAAGUGCAUUUCGUGCUACUUUGGACAGCAUAAGAGCGACUCCCUGAGUAUGUGGAGCAUUGUCCUCUUCGUGACCGGAGUAUAGCAGCAUCUCUCCCGUAGCUAGCCUUUUCUGUCCAGUUUGGGUCCAGUGGGUUUCGCUGAUUCCCAGUACUGCUAAGUUGUAUCUCCUCAUUUCCAUUGAUAUUUGACUGGUCUUCCCUGUUUCCCACAUUGUUCUAACGUUCCAUGUACCUAUAAAAAUUUUUGCUCUGGUUGUUAGAAGGGGCAUCGGCCUCGUGGCUUCCGAAGGAAUUCGGCUUUCACCAUGAAGCGUCAUAAUUCUUCUAAAUGAAGACCUUCUAACUCCCAGGGCAGAGUUAAAAUGGUUUGGAUUAUUUUUUCUGGUAAAGGUUUUUUAGCGAGUUAGUUUUCUACGGGAUGGGGACGCUAACCCCAUGCCCAACCCUCCUCCUUUACCCGGGCUUGGGACCGGCAGCAACCCUAUAAAAGCUACAGGCGGAGUUAUUAGUGUUAUCACUUUUGUAUAUUAUUUUUCGGUUUCGAUAAUGGCUGAGGAGUUCCAUACUAGGAUGAAACGGUCGUCCAGUGCUUCCAAGUUUUCUUUCCCUGGUGAUCUAGCUUCAAUUGACUCAUGAUUUCAAUUAUUGACAUUACUAAAAUCUCCACAAAACCCUUUUGGUUUUGAUAAUUGUUUGUUUCUCCCCUAAUCAUUUAUGGAGUUAGUCGGAUAUAGAAAAUAUUAAACCUUUGAAAUAUGUGUAUUGAUUCAAGUUAUCUUAUCACAUUAACAUAGCGACACAAAAUUGUAAGGAUAAAUUCCAGAAUAGAAGAAAUAAUAGUAGUUUUAGUGGAAAUAGAAAAUAUUAGGCAUAGACAAUAUAACUUGAGAAGAAUUUGUUGAAUAAUUCUGAAACUUGAAAUCUAAAGAGAAACAAAGAAUGAAUGCAUCUGCACUACUGUCAUCAGUUAUGGGCCUUAUCACUCAUAGUCUUCAAUUGGCGAUUACGAUAAUCGCGUGGACCCCAACCAGGUGCUUUGAACCUGCCAACAUGACUAAGUCUAGUAGUUAUUGUCUUGAUGAACUGGUGCCACGUUUUGGUUUGAUCAUAUCCAACUCUCCACUAACCUAUUUCAUACCAGCAAACAUCUCGCGUUGAGGUAGGCGGUGGUCGGGCUCAACCAAUAUAUAUAUAUAUCCUAACCACCUUACUUAUUGAGAAUUCACGAUCUCAUCGAUAGAUUUGGCCUCUUUACCUAGUACCCUGAGUCUAAUCUUAGCAUAGCCCACCUGAUGGUCUAAACUUACAAAAGCAGUGGUUCAAAGGCACCAUUGAUGUAUAAUUAUUGAUAUCUAACUGAGCUGAUAUUUUAUUGCAGUGGAAGAUUGAGAGGGAGAUGUCUAAAGGGUUUCAUUGUUUUGACAAAUAGUAAAUAGUUGUGCUUGUCGGUAAGUAUUUGAUUUUCCUUAUAUUUUAAAAGGCUUUUCUACCAUAAAAAGACUACUUUUGAAAUGUUUACAUGAUGGCAUAAUGAAACUCUUAAUCACCAGGUUAAAACUGAAAUAAAUGAUUUUAUCUUUUCUCAAAGCAAAAGCUGUUUGAAUUACAAUUAUGGUUCUGUUUACUCACAAUCAAUAACUGCUAAAUGGAUGGAUUUUUUGUUAACUAGAUUCAAAUAGUUGAUGAAAUUGACCAUGUAUCUUCUAAUUUAAUAGAAAUAUGUUUGUUAGUUGUUAGGGCACUAAAGUAUAUCAUUCUUCACUUGAAUAUCUAGCAAUUAAUUCAUAAGUUCUUCAAGUCUACUUUGUUUAUUUGGAUCUUAAAGAGAUAUUUGAUCUUUAAAGGUAUAUUCUUUUACUGAACGGAAAUUACUUAUUUUGUCUUGCCCUCGACUUAGUUAAAAUUAUUUAAUCAUACUUCCUUAAUAUGUUCAAAUUAUUUAGUUACCCCUAAGUCUGAAUACUUUUUGAAUACACAUAUAGGAUGCUAAAAAUCAAUGAUUAAGUGCACUUUACCUUAACAACCAUAGUAUUAAUAUACAAAUAUCGUGCUUUACCUUUGCUCUGAGAAACUGUAGUAGAAUAAUUAAAUUGUAUUUCAGUUGAAUGUAUGAAACUGUACAAGGUUGAAAUACAACAGACAAUCAAAGUUCUUGCUUUUUUUCAAAGAUUAAAUUAUAUAACGUUUUAUUGAGUAAAAUAUUUCUAGAAACAGUUGGCUUAAAUCUUUGAAAAAUAUCUACAGAACUAAUAUACUCAAUUUACUGCAGUUUCUAGUAAUGCAAAUGUAGACAAAUCUACGGUAGGAAAGUAAUGAGUAAUUCAAUAAUUAAUUUAUACAACCAAAUAACUUUUUAUUUAGUUUAACAGAAACUUUCAAAUUUGAACAGCUAUUUAUUUUCAGGUUAAUUUUGAUUAGGAACUGUGACAUGAAUAGAAAAGUCGCGAAAAGCCACGGAGACACCAAAUAACUAUAUCAUUCUGACUUAGGUCUCCUCCCCAGCGAUACCCAUCCACGACCCUUUCAUGGAUCGAAAAGAGUACCUUCGGGUUUCAUUGUACAGUCAUGAUAACAUUAGACUUUUAAGUUAGAAUUCAUUGGUUUACUGUUCCAGUUUCCUUCAGUUAGUAAAUAGUGUUAGAUAACCGUCAUCCAAUCCCAUAAUCGAUGACAAUCUUACGAAACCUCAACUGAUGAACUGUUUAAUGGUUAGUUCAUAAAUCAAAAUGCUUAUUUCUGAUAUUACUUUUCAGAGAGUAAACUUUCCAUCGGUUAAGUUAAGAAACGUUUGUGAUUAGGAAAUCAACCUAUUAUUUGUUACUAUGAGGCGAACUAAAGGUUCUCACUCUUCAUUAACAGUUAUAGGUUAAUCAAGCUAUGUUGCAAUUUGAAUUUAACUUCCAAACUCUGUUCUAAAAAUUGUAUUAGCUAACCUCUUGAAGCUUCAUUUCGUAAAUAUUUUUUUUAGAAAAUCAUAUCACAGAUCUAAGGCAGUUGGACCAAAUGGCUUGAACUUUUUCACCAUCAUAUUCUAAUUAACUUUAAUCAGAUGGUAUUUAUAAUCGUUUCCAAAGGUUUCUUAAUACUAUUCUGUAUAUAUAUAUGGUCUCGUAUUAUUCGACAACUACACUAUAUUGAUUGAAAUAACUUGAAAUAUCUUCAGGGAUAGACUACUCUUGGUAAAGUGCAAUGAUUAAGCACUGCUCUCUUUAGUAGUCAAUUAUUCUGCUGAAUUGUAUAAAGGGAAAUACGGAAGCUUUACACUUAUAAAAAGCCUAAAGGACAUUGCAUAUCAUAAGGAAUUUUGCUGGGUAAAUAGAAGAGCUAAUUCAAAAUUUCACGACGAAUAUUUAGGAUCGAUUCGUUCUUAGCAAAUCUCAAGAAUAGGAAUAUUAAUUUACUGAAGUAUAUUCUUUUACUUUGACAAUAUUCUGUCGUCUAGUAACUCAACACAAUAUACAUUUCUUCUUUUUUUUAUACCAAUAAAUUUUCAGUAAAUCAAAGCAUUUCGUUUCAAAUCAGUUCUACCUAUUCGAUUUGAAGUACAAACAACUUAACAAUAUGAUAGAUUACAGUAGAAAAUAACUGUCAUUUAAUCAAUGUUGUCAUGUAUUAUGUAUUCUGUAGAAUUAUUAACAGUUUAUAUACUGUGUGAUGAUAUGUGAUAGUUAGACCUGGGAAUGUGAUAAAUGUUAUUUGUUACUUUAUUUAGCAGUGUUCUUUUCAUUCAUGAUAUCGCAACCAAAAUUGUUGGUCAAUUUUAGUGCUUUAACUAAUGACAAUAAUUAUUGUGUAUUGUAUUAUUCUUUAAUGAAUAAAUAUUAAAAUGUGGAAAAUCUACCAAAGUAAGAUGUAUUAAACAAGAUCAGCUUGAAGUGUAAUUUAAUAUCUCUUCAGUGUAUAAUACGUUUCUCUAACCACAGUCAAAGAGGGACUUUCACCGUCGUUUAUAUCAAGGUGAAAAGCUAAAUUAUUAGUAAAUACGUAGCUCAUUAGAAUUAGAAGUAUCUAAGUCCAUAAUUAACGUCGCUUAUAGCUCUUCUAGAGUUGUUGCCGCUCCCAAGCCCGAAUGAAGGGGGAGGAUUGGGCAUGGGGUCGGCAACCCCAUCCCGUUGAAAAAAAUCUUGCUGAAAAACGCCAACCAGAUUAAACGAAUUAAAUCAUUUAAACUCUGCAUUGGGAAUUGACGGAAGAAUUAUGACGCAUCAUGAUGAAAGCUGAGAUCGAGAUCGAUGCCCCUUCUAACAACCAGAGCAACAAUUUUUAUAGGUACAGGGAACGUCUGGACAACGUGGGAGACCGGGAAGACAAGUCAAAUAGCAACAGAAAUGAGGAGAUACAAAUUGGCAGUACUGGGAAUCAGCGAAACCCAUUGAACCCAAGCUGAACAGCAAAGGCUAGAUACGGGAGAGAUGUUGCUGUACUCCGGUCACGAAGAGGAAGAUAUUCCACACACUCAGGGAGUUGCUCUAAUGUUGUCCGAAGAAGCACAAAAUGUACUUGUAGGAUGGGAAUCUCACUGAUCCAGGAUCAUCAGAGCAUCAUUCAAAACAAAGAAGGAGGGAAUCACAGUGAAUUUUGUCCAGUGCUAUGCACCCACCAACGAUAGCAAAGACGAUAAUAAAGAUCAGUUUAAUGAGAAGCUGCAGUCGAUCGUAGGGAAGUGCUUGAAAAACGACCUGACCAUCCUGAAGGGAAACUUAAACGCCAAAGUCUCGGGAUGGACAACACCUGAUAUGACGAUAUCAUGGGACGACAUGAACUGGGAGAGUGAAACAAAAGUGGUAAGAGAUUUGAAAACCUAUGUGCAUCCAACCAAUUGGUUAUAGGCGGCACAAAUGCAUACACAAAGUUACAUGGGUCUCACCGAAUCACACCACAAAGAACCAGAUAGAUCAUACUUGUAUCAAUAAAAAAUUCAGAAGGACAAUGGAAGAUGUGAGAACCAGGAGGGAGAGGAGCUAACAUGGCUUCAAAUCACCAUCUACUUGGUUGUUGUCAAGAUGAAACUGAAACCAAAAAGCACUGGCCAACUGGACAAACAGCAAUAUAAAGGUUCAAUUACGACCUUCCACAUACUGAUAUACGCAAUUAAUUCAAGAUAGCUCACAACAACACGUUCCAAGCCUUACAAGGUCUCAAAGAAAAAGAAACCACUAUGUAGGACAACUAGAAAGGGAUCAAAGAAGCAAUAACUUAAGUGUCAGGUGGUUCUGGGUCGCAACAAGCAUCAUCGUAAGGAAUGGAUCUCUAUGGAAACCCUGAAGAUCCAAGGAAGGAAGAACAAGAAGACAACAAUUAACAACAGCCGAACAAAAACAAAGAAAAUGUAGGCACGAGCUUGAAUACAUAGAAGCAAACAAGCAAGUGAAGGAGAGCAUUGACAAGUUAAGUUCAGUAUUCCUACAGUUGAACAUGUGGAACUCAAAACAACUGUCUGCGAGUCAUUAUCAAAGUCAGAAUCUUCAAUACGAACGUCAAGACAGUCGUACUGUACGGAGCUGAAACGUGGAGAACUACAACCAACAUCAAAAUGGUACAAGUACUUAUAAACAAUUGUCUACGUUAAGAUACUGAAUGUCCGUUAACCGGAUUCCAUCAGCAACAAUCUACUGCAGGAGAGAACAAACCGGUUUCGAGGUGAAGAUGAAAUUAGGAAAAGGUGUCGGGGGUGGAUAGGACAUACAUUGCGGAAAUCACCAAACUGCAUCACGUACCAAGUACUAUCUUGGAAUCCUGAAGGGAAACGAAAAAGAGGAGGGCCAAAGAACACUGCGUCGAUAAUUGGAAGCAAACAUGAAAAGGAUGAAUAGAAACUGGAAAGGAUUUCCCAGGACAGGGUUGGAUGCCGAGUGCUGGUGGUCGGUCUAUGAGAAAGUAACAGAUGUAAGUAAGUCCAUAAUUAGGAAUAUUAGGUGAUAUGUCUCAGUUCCAGUCACAGUGGCCUAGAUUUACCGAUUUUCUUUAUUUUCUCCGACUUCUAAAUCUUCAAUAUUAUUCCAUACACUUUUUUUCAUUAUUUAGUUCUUUUCAACGUAUUUUCUGUACGCUUAGUCUUUUAGAUGAUCGAGAAUUCUACCAUUGUUUUAACUUGUUUAUUAUUCAUCUUGUUAAUUCGAUCUCGACGUCCUGUCCUGAUAUAAUGUUAGUCGAUGCAGAUCUGUGUCACGUCUGACAUUGACUAUGAUCAAGUCAACUGACCUCCCUUUAAACAUCAAUAUCGAACAAAAAUUACUUAUCAAUAAUUUUAUCCUAUGAAUAAAUUAUUUACCCAUGUAUAAAUACAACCGUUAAGUUAUUAUGAUUAGAAGUUACUUUUUAUCCACUCGAUAAUAAGGGUAAUGAUCGAAUGUUCCUUGACUAAUCAAUUAUUAUAGACAGAAUAUUAAUCUAAUCUAUUGUCGAUGUACAUUUGUUUUACACGUUAGCAGUUGCAUAAUGAGGUUGUAUGAGUAAAAGAGGAAAAUGUUCUUGUCGGUCACUUAGUGAAUAAUUACUAAUGAUGAACUAAUCGAUCUAUUAAUAUUGGCGUCAUCAGAAAGCAGUUAUUAAUUUUAAUGCAGGGGAUUUGUGGAGAUUGUGGAAUUUUCACAGUUUGAAUCACGAAGUUUUCUUGUUUAGAUUACCAUUGAAAACCCGUGGGCACUGGACAGUCUUUUCGUCCUAGUAAAGGACUCUUCAACAAGGGGCCUCCAAGAUCCCCACUGGAGAUGGAUUCCAGAACAUUCGGUAUCGUGCGCAAACGUUUAACCUCUAGACCACUGAGCUUGGCAUCUAAUUGUGCUAGUGUCUAAAUUCAACCAUUUGACGAUAUUUCGCAAUCCUCUACUAUUACCUGAAGUGGAUCAAAGUUUCACACGCAAUUCUGAUUGAACUCUACUGGUCAUGGUAUAUCCAGUGCAUCCAAGUUUUCUAUCGUGGUGGUCCAGCCAAGACCAGUUCAUGGUUUAAAUGAACAUCUUAUCAAUAUUCAACUUUUAAUCUUAUAUCAUAUCCAAUGUCUGUUCAAAAACUUUAAAAAAUAAUGGCGGUAGUGUCAAAGAUUGGUUGAUUGUAUUGUAUUAAGAAAUAACGUUUAGCGUAAAACAUACAGCCAAACGAAUGAAGGACGAGUAGGCUUCUCCAAGGUUAUGACGCAACUAUCAAGAUAGUGUUAGGAAUUAGGAUGAGAGUUUUCACGAAUUGAUAUCAACAAUAAUUCCAACAUCUUAUAAUUCAGAUCUUAACCCUAAUUCUUAGAACAAUAAGUCAUUCAACGAUCUUUUCGGCCUGCCUAUUGAUAGAGAAGAGUUAAGAUCUCAAGAUUGUUUAACUGCAUACUUUACGUUUUCCAAAAUACCUAUUAAUGAUCGUUUCUUUCUAGAAUUUAUCAUAAACGAAAAGAAAGGAAAUAACACUGCAAGACGAACUGUUUUAUAUCAGUCUCGUCCAUUUAAUAUCAUCCAUACCAAUACGUGACAUCAGUUCAUGAAGUUACUGCGUUUUGAACUGAAACGUGUUGCUAAUAAGUGCAUAUUACGUGUUAAAGAUCCAAAUGAUUAUCUCAACUAAAUAGUUGGAGAUGAUGGGGGUUACUAUAGGUUACAUGGUUCAGAAUCAGUCAUAAUAACUCAGAUGCAUUCACGUUUUGUCUUUCCUGGUAUCAUGAAUUUAAAAUUAUCUCAUGCUCCUUUUUAUCCCGUAAAUUCUUAUGAAAUUGUCUAAUUUCUUCCUGUUACCCCAUAUACUGUUACUACUUCAUCUCUCUAUGGUAAUAUACUGUGACAAGUUGAAUCGAUACCAGAUUCGACAUUACUUAUUAUGAGUGACUGAAUGGUUCAGUUUCAUUUUCUAUUCCAGCAGUAAAAAUAUACACCUUAUGUAGUGAUGUAAUGCAAUUCAAAGCAUUAAAAAUUAUUACACAUGAAAAUAAAGCAAUUUGUUUAUAACUGGGAAUUCAUUUCAUUGUACUAAUCAGAUUAUUCUUACUUAGUUCAACAAGUAUCAUUUAUAUAUAAGAUAUAUCAAUAUUCUUAUAGGUAUUUCUGAUGAUAUAUAACAGUUCAUAUACAAUUGAAUAAUGCAGAAUGUACGUAUAUUUUAAGCCUUUGGCUUUAGCUAAUUUGUUUUCUGUUUGGUAAAUUGUAUUUCAUUUUAUCAACAUUUCUCAAUUGUUUUAUUUCUUAAUUUGUUUUAGAUCUAUAACACUUUCAGUAUUCAUUUCUCAGAUCUUGGUCAAGUUCAAUUCUGAGCAUUCUAAACAAUAUUUUUUUUAAAAUGCGAAGUGGGAGUUUAUCAAACUACUGAGAAGAAAGAAUGAAGCAACUACAUAUUAACCGUAUAAUCAAUGUUGAUCUUAAUAACAGUAUUAAAUGUGUUGGUUUUCCUUAUCUGAUCAUAAUCAGUGGUUGUUAUUCACAGAUGAGAUGGCGGCCUGUUUUAAUAUUUGGGCUACCGGUUCCUUCCAUCUAGAUAUUUCAACAAGAUAUCCGGUUUUGUUCGUUACGCGUUUAUCUAAGGUUUAUGAGCUUUCGCUGUACAAGUUACGAAAAAGUAGAAUCACAGACAUCGUGGUGGCUGGCAAUAUGCAUCGAAACAUUAUUCAGAUGUCGAGUCCUGAACUGUUAACAUCAAACCGGCGACCACUCAAUAUUUUUCGUCAGGAUCGAUCAAGAAAUAAAAAAGUAAACGUGUUGAAAUACAUUGUUCUGAGAAUUCUACAUUGUACGAAAAAUAUAAUAUUGAAUAAAGCCAAUAAUAAUAAUAAUAAUAAUAAUAAUAAUAAUAAUAAUAAUAAUAAUAAUAAUUACAAUAAAUUCUUUUGAUGUUUCGUGAUUUCUUGAAAGAACCAUUAUUGUUUAUAUAUUUAAGCUAUUCACUACAAUCUAUUUGUUAAUUACAUAUUAGAACGGUCUUUGUGGAUAUUAUAGUAAUUUUAAUAGUUGAGAUCACGAGUCAAUUGAAGCUAGACCAUCAUAGAGAACCUGGAAGCACUGGACGGCCGUUUCGUCCUAUUGUGGGGCUCCUCAGCGGUGCGCGUCCACGAUCCUGCCCCUCGCGAGGUUCGAACUCAGGACGUAUCAGUCACGAGCCCUUAACCACUAGACCGCUGAGCCGGCCGACAUCCAACGGUGUCAAUGUCUAACUUCAACCAGUCCACGAAAUUGAGCGACACAUCCACCAUUGUCAUCAGUCAGUUACUAUCUCACAACAGACCCGGUUGAACUCCACUAGUCACUGCUUCUCACUAGAACUCCAAAAAAUACCUCUUGAAUCUAGUCACUAGUGAGCAUGUGUUAAUAUAUGUUAUUAUAUAUUACAUGUAUAACAUCAGUACUAUUGGCUCACUUGAAUUGUUUGAUAAUUCAAAUUUAAGAAUUAACACUAUACUGGAUCUGUUCAUGGACCUGUUCAACAUAGUUAUUAACUUUUCAUUUAUGUUAAUUGUCAAUUAAUAAACUACAUAAGCUGUUUUUUGUAUUUGUUAAAAGACAAACACCCUAUUGAUAUAAGUGUAAAGUAACAUCGUUAUUUGUUUGAAGAUUACUUCAAAUAUAUUUUCAUCAAGGCAUAACAUUUUGGUUUGGUUUAAUAGAAUCUAUUUUAAGAAUAAAACAGUGUUAAUACAUAAAUUUUAUUGCAGUGAACCUAUUUAUCAAUCCGAUUGUAGCGAAGAGAACAUGGGUGGGGACAAUCGAAUGUAUUUGACACAAAAUUACAGGACUUGUUAAUAAAAUCUAACAAUCAAAUAGUAAAUACGUGAUUUGCAAAAUGUUCAUCAGUUGUCUCAUAAUGACUCAGACUUCAUUGUUCUUGCAUUUUCAUACAAAUUGCAUUCUGUUUCCAUUCUUUAUUGUUCGAUUCGCUUGUCUCUCUGCUGCCAGACAUUCUGUUCACGACUAACAUCAUCUACUACUUAUGUCAAUAUAAGUAGCACACACACCACACUAUCAAUUCAGGCUUCAGUAUCAUUACUGUACUUUUCUUUCUACACAUUUUGAUAAGCAAAAAAAGAAUGACCUUGAAAGUGUACUCUCAGUUUACAUGUCUGGUUAGUUUAUCAAAUAAGAAAACGUAUCCUGCAUUUUUCAUGGUUAAAAUCAUGGCCCGACAUUUGCUAGACGUUGGGAACUAGCAACCGUUGAACAUUUUUAUCAUUCCGGUAUGGUACUCCUUUACAGUGUGUGCACAUAAGACUCCCCCAGGACCGGUUGCAUAACCAUCAAGUCUUGAGGUGAACUACCAAUUUUCAUACGACUGAGCUGAUAUCAAAUAAUUACAUGAAUAAGAUUAGUCUAUGAUGAAUAAAACUACAAAAUUUAACAAUCUCCACAAAUUCCUUUUAUACUACUAGUACCCUAAUUUCGUUUCUUGUUCACAAGAUGGUUGCUUACUUUAUAGAUUACGCUUCAACAUGAAUGACAAAUUCUCAGUUUACUUUAUGGUUAAAUAACACACAAAUUACAGUCUUUUACAAUAUCUAUGUCGAGUGGUUUUACGGAAAGUAAACUCAAAUAAGUUGAAGAACCAAUAAAAACUAGAGAAACAAUAAACAACUAUCUCACUCUAAUUUUAAGUGAUUGACUCUAUGACCUCGAAACUUUAAAUUUCCCAUAUGUAAGAGUACAAUGUUUUUAAACAAUAACUGAGUAUCAUAAUCCAACUAUUCAUAUCCAUAAUCUCAAAUCAGUUUGUGAUCGGAACACCAUUACAAUUCAAUGUUAUAGAUAAAUAAUUUUUAUUCAUGAACAAAUUGAUUGAAUCUAUUUUUUGCAUAGAUAUUAUCAUUAGCCAACCAAUCCAUGAAUUACAGAACUUUCAAAUGGAAAAAUACAUAUUGAUAAAGGAUAUUAGUA